GCCCGGCGGCCACGUGGUGGUGCUGCCGCUGCCCGAGCCCCGCCGGCCCAGCCCGGGAGCCACGGCGCCCACUGACCCCGCGGCGGGAGGAGGAGGAGAAGGAGGAGGGACGAGGCGCAGGAAGCGGAGCAGGAAGCGAGCCCGGCGGCCGCGCUUUCCUAGGAAGCGGCAGGCGGGGUGGCGCGCCCGGCAGGGCUGGGGAGCGGCCGCCUCGAUGGGGUGUUGAAGAGUCUCCUAGGACUUUGGAAGGUUGAAUGGACUAAACAUGAAGAGUCUGAAAGCAAAGUUCAGGAAGAGUGAUACCAAUGAGUGGAACAAGAAUGAUGACCGCCUGCUGCAGGCCGUGGAGAAUGGCGAUGUGGAAAAGGUGGCCUCGCUGCUGGGCAAGAAGGGGGCCAGCGCCACCAAGCAGGACAGCGAGGGCAAGACCGCUUUUCAUCUUGCUGCUGCGAAAGGACAUGUGGAAUGUCUCCGGGUCAUGUUUACACAUGGUGUGGAUGUGACUGUCCAAGACACUACUGGACACAGUGCUUUACACCUUGCUGCCAAAAACGGCCAUCAUGAGUGCAUCAGGAAGCUCCUUCAGUCUAAAUGCCCAGCUGAAGGUAUUGACAGCUCUGGGAAAACAGCUUUACAUUAUGCAGCGGCACGGGGCUGCCUUCAAGCUGUGCAGGUCCUCUAUGAGCACAAGAGCCCUGUAAACCUCAAGGAUUUGGAUGGGAACAUACCACUGCUUCUUGCAGUACAAAAUGGCCAUACUGAAGUCUGUUGCUUUCUCCUGGAUCAUGGAGCAGAUGUCAAUUCCAGGGACAAAAAUGGAAGAACUGCUCUUAUGCUGGCUUGUGAGAUUGGCAACUUGAACAUUGUGGAAGCCUUAAUUAAAAAGGGUGCAGACAUAAACCUUGUAGAUUCUCUUGGACACAAUGCCUUACAUUAUUCCAAACUCUCGGAAAAUGCAGGAAUUCAAAGCCUUCUAUUAUCAAAAAUCUCUCAGGAUGCUGAUUUAAAGACCCCAACAAAACCAAAGCAGCAUGAACAAGUCUCUAAAAUAAGCUCAGAAAGAAGUGGAACUCCAAAAAAACGCAAAGCUCCACCACCUCCUAUCAGUCCUACCCAGUUGAGUGAUGUAUCUUCCCCAAGAUCAAUAACUUCAACACCACUUUCGGGAAAGGAAUCACUAUUUUUUGCAGAACCACCCUUUAAGGCUGAGAUUAGUUCCAUACGAGAAAACAAAGACAGACUAAGUGACAGUACUACAGGUGGUGAUAGUUUAUUGGAUAUAAGUUCUGAAGCUGAUCAGCAAGAUCUUCUUGUCCUAUUGCAAGCAAAAGUUGCUUCCCUUACCUUACACAAUAAGGAGUUACAAGAUAAAUUACAAGCCAAAUCACCCAAGGACACGGAAGGAGAUCUGAGCAUUGGCUCUUUGCAUUCUACUCAGUCUGAUUUGGCCCCUUCCCUGAGCAAACCUAGUGAUGCUGAUCCCCCAGACUCCAAAUCAUCUCCAUCUGGUGUGACACAUUCUGCAGACAGCAGUAUCAGAAUUCAGCAACUACAAGAGAGUUUGCAAGACUUGCAGAAGAGAUUGGAGAGCUCUGAGACAGAGAGGAAACAGCUACAGACCGAGCUCCAAACCCGAAGGACGGAACUAGUGUGCUUGAAUAACACAGACAUGUCAGAGAAUGGCUCUGACCUCAGUCAGAAACUUAAAGAAACUCAGAGCAAGUAUGAGGAGGCCAUGAAAGAAGUCCUCAGUGUGCAGAAGCAGAUGAAACUGGGUCUCCUGUCACAUGAGAGUGUGGAUAGCUAUUCAUGUCUCCAUGACUUGAGGGUCACCGAUGAGAAAAUAGAUGUGCUAAAGCGAGAUCUGCAGAAUGCAUUAGAAGAAAGUGAAAGAAAUAAAGAGAAAGUGAGAGAGUUAGAGGAAAAACUUGUGGAGAGAGAGAAAGGUGCAGUGAUUAAGCCACCUGUGGAAGAGUAUGAGGAAAUGAAAAGUUCAUAUUGCUCUGUUAUUGAGAAUAUGAAUAAGGAGAAAGUGUUUUUGUUUGAGAAAUACCAAGAGGCCCAAGAAGAAAUAAUGAAAUUGAAAGAUACACUAAAAAUUCAGAUAACACAAGAAGCUAGUGAUGAAGCUGGAGACAUGAAAGAGGCCAUGAACAGGAUGAUAGAUGAACUUAAUAAACAGGUAAGUGAGUUGUCGCAGCUGUACAAAGAAGCCCAGGCUGAGCUGGAGGAUUAUAGGAAGAGGAAGUCUUUAGAGGAUGUAACAGCUGAAUAUAUUCACAAAGCAGAACAUGAGAAACUGAUGCAAGUGUCAGAUGUAUCCAGGGCUAAAGCAGAAGAGGCACUGUCUGAAAUGAAGUCUCAGUAUUCAAAAGUGUUAAAUGAGUUGACCCAGCUCAAACAACUGGUAGAUACACAGAAAGAGAACUUUGUGUCCAUCACAGAACAUUUGCAAGUGAUAACCACCCUUCGGACAACUGGGAAAGAGAUGGAAGAAACAAUAGGCAGGCUUAAAGAGCACCUUGCAAGCAAGGAAGUGGAAGUGGCAAAGCUGGAGAAGCAACUUCUAGAGGAGAAAGCUGCUAUGACCGAUGCAAUGGUGCCCAGGUCUUCCUACGAAAAGCUCCAGUCAUCCCUAGAGAGUGAGGUGAGUGUGCUAACGUUGAAUCUGAAGGAGUCGGUAAAAGAGAAAGAGAAAGUCCAUUCAGAGGUUUCCCAGGUUCGGAGUGAAGUCUCACAGGUGAAAAGGGUAAAGGAAAACAUUCAGACUCUCUUGAAAUCCAAAGAGGAAGAAGUAAAUGAACUUCUGCAAAAAUUCCGGCAAGCUCAGGAAGAAAUUGCAGAAAUGAAAAGAUAUUCUGAGAGCUCUUCAAAACUGGAGGAAGAUAAAGAUAAAAAGAUAAAUGAGAUGUCAAAGGAAGUCACGAAAUUGAAGGAGGCCCUGAACAGCCUCUCACAGCUCUCCUACUCAACAAGCUCAUCCAAAAGACAGAAUCAGCAACUGGAAGUGCUGCAGCAGCAGGUCAAACAGCUACAGAAUCAGCUGGCUGAAUGCAAGAAACAUCAUCAGGAAGUCAUAUCAGUUUACAGAAUGCAUCUUCUGUAUGCUGUGCAGGGCCAGAUGGAUGAAGAUGUCCAGAAAGUACUGAAACAAAUCCUGACCAUGUGUAAAAACCAGUCCCAGAAGAAGUAAAGUGGAUUCCUUGGCAAGA